AUGUCUUCAUUCUUCUCCCGAGCGGCAUCGAGUCCGCAUGCUCAACUCGCUGCCACCGCGGUAUUGUCUGGCGCGACGGUGGCUUGUCUCAUUCUUGGAUACCAAGCGUUCGAAAGAAAAGAGCGUAUUGAAGAUUUGAAGAAGUCUAUCCCGUCAUCUUCUGAAGAAGCUGCAAAGCUCACUACAUUCGGCGCCGCAUCUGCCCCUGUUGACAAGGAGGAUGCUCGCAACCAGGCCCUCGCAAGGAGGGCGCAAGCCGGCGACUUUGACGAGGAACUCAUCCUGGAGCAAUUGGCUCGCAACAGGGUGUUUCUGAAGGAUGAGGGCUUGCAGAAGCUCCGAAAAUCGUUUGUCAUCGUUGUCGGUUGUGGCGGCGUCGGCUCCCACUGUACCGCUGCCCUCGCCCGCUCCGGCGUCUCCAAGAUCCGUCUCAUCGACUUCGACCAGGUUACUCUUAGCUCGCUCAACCGACACGCCGUGGCCACCCUCGCCGACGUCGGUAUCCCAAAGGUCCAAUGUCUUUACCGCCGCCUCAUCGCCAUCGCCCCCUGGGCCAAGUACGAACUCAAGAACCAAAAGUUCGAAGGGUCCGCCGCCGAGGAGCUCCUCGCCCCCUGGGCCGAGGACGGGCAGAAGCCGGACUAUGUUGUCGAUGCAAUCGAUAACAUUGAUACCAAGGUUGCCCUGCUGAAGUACUGCCACGACCACAAGAUUCCUGUUAUCUCUAGCAUGGGAGCCGGAGCCAAAGGCGAUCCUACCCGAGUCAACGUUGGCGAUAUCGGAGCUAGCACAGACGACGGACUAUCAAGAGCUACCCGGAGAAAGUUGAAGCUGCAAGGCGUCACUGGCGGAAUCCCUGUUGUCUACUCAACUGAGGUGGCUGGCGAGGGCAAGGCCGCCCUCCUGCCGCUUUCCGAGGAAGAAUUCAAGAAGGGCACCGUUGGCGAUCUCAGUGUCCUGCCGACUUUCAGAGUGCGAAUCCUUCCUGUCCUUGGCACUAUGCCUGCCGUCUUUGGCUACGUAGUCGCGAAUCACGUCAUUCUCAGCAUCUCCGGUUACCCCCUUGACUACGUCCCGGCGAAGAACCGAGACAAGCUCUACACAGACAUCGUAGCAUUUGUCCAGGGCUCGGAGACAAGAAUUGUUCACCACCGAUACGGCAUCGAAGAGUCCAAGGGCCUCCGCAUCCCUAUUUCUCUUGGUGACGCGGCGUUCCUGACCGAGGAGCUGUGGAAGGGGCGCAGCGCUGUGACCGGGCUCAUUAACAGACUCGUGCUCGUGCGCUGGAGAAGACCCGAGGGCUCGACGAAGCUGCGGAUCGGCGAGGGCGCCGAGGAGCAGAAGUGGUCCAAUAUCCGCUUCCGUGACCUGGUGUGCAUGACCAGAGACGAGGCCCUUCGCCACGAGAAGGAGUACCUCAAGAAGGAUGAUACCAAGUUGGAGGAUCUGUACGAUGCCGAGGUGAUUGCCCGGGUAGAGGAGAGACUGAGGGAGGCGGUCGAGGUUGAGAAGUAUAGACUAUAA